UCCGUCCUGCAGGUCCGCGCACCGCGGCCGAGCCGCUGGACGUGCGCCUUGGCCGUCCUCGCUCUUUCCGGAAGUGCGCUCAUCUCGGUCCGAUUCCUUCCGGCAGCCCGAUGCUCUUGCAGACCUGCGCGAAGCGUUCCGGGACAGGACUGCCCAGCCCGCGUCUCGGCGGCUGCUGCCCCGCCCCGCCCCGCGCUAUGGCGGCUGCGGCCGGGGACGGCGCGGCUAGGCCGCUGCAGGGCGCCAUGAAGCUGGCCAACCGAGCCCUGGAGCUGGACGCCGGCAACCGGCCUCGGGAGGCAUAUGCAGAAUACCUGAGGAGCAUCCACUACAUCUCCCAGGUGCUACUGGAAGAAGUGGAAGUCACUAAAGAAGCUGGGGAAGGCAUUUCCCCCGACACCUCAAGAAUGCUCAAGCUGGCAGAGCAGUGCCUGGAGAGGGCCCAGUCAACAGCAACAAAGCUUGGUCUUGCAGAGAAACCACACCCAAAGCCAGUUGGGCCAGUGACUGCUGCAGUCCCCUCACCUACCAGCCGACACCGCCGGGUAUACUCUGAUGAAGGGGGGAAGCUUUCUCCCUUUCUGCCACCUGAGAUCUUCCAGAAGCUUCAAACUGUCAAGUCACAAAGCUCUAAGAAGGAGCUGACACCCCUGGAAGAAGCCUCCAUGCAGAAUCAGAAGCUGAAGGCUGCAUAUGAGGCUCGGAUGGCCCGUCUGGACCCCAGCCAGGCUAUGCAGAAGACAUCCUUGACCCUGUCUCUGCAGCGGCAGAUGAUGGAGAACCUGGUGAUCGCCAAAGCCCGGGAAGAGACACUGCAGAGAAAGAUGGAGGAACGCCGCCUGAGGCUCCAGGAAGCUGCCAAUAGGAGGUUCUGCACCCAGGUUGCCAUGACUCCAGAGGAGCGAGAACAGCGAACCCUCUAUGCAGCCAUCCUCGAAUAUGAACAGGACCAUGACUGGCCCAAGACCUGGAGGGCCAAGCUCAAGAGAAACCCAGGGGAUCUGUCACUGGUGACCAGCCUGGUCUCUCACCUAUUCAGCGUUCCCGACCACCCCAUCUCACAGCUGCUGCGGAAGCUCCAGUGCUCAGUGUACCGAGUGCUCUACCCACUGGUCAGCGGUUCCCUGCCCCCUGAUGCUGAUGUGAUGCCGGCUCCUGGAUGUCGGCGACUCCGGCCAUCCCAGAGUCUGCACUGCAUGCCAUCACCCCCAGAGCCCAUUGUCCCUCGGCCCUCUGAUGUGCCCCCCUCCAGUCCCCCCCAGCCCCCACUCCAGCCUGACCCCACGGAGCACAGGACAGAUGACAGCCCAGCGGGGACCCCCUCAACCCUGGCUGACACCCCAUCCCGCUCCCUGGACAAGGACAGUUCCUUUGAAGACCUAGAACAGUUCUUGGCAACUUCUGAGCGGUGGAGCCGGGCCUCUGGGGGACAGCCUCACCCCCAGCCCCCAGGGGUGCAGGAACCUAUGCUGGAGCAGCUGAAGAGCACCGUGAGGGACAUUCACAAUGCGAUUGGGCUAGAAGGCCCAGUUGCUCCCAGCACCACUAUGCUCGACUGUGCUCUGGCAGAUAGGCUGCUCUCGCUGAUGCUUCUGGCUUUCGAAGGCCUGAACACGGCUGCCUCCAAGGACCGCUGCUUAGCCUGCAUUGAGGAGCCUUUCUUCUCUCCACUGUGGCCCCUGCUGCUGGCCCUUUACAGGAAUGUGCACCGCCUGCGGGAGGCUGCCUUGAACCGAAGCAUGGAGCUCUACAGGAAUGCGACCCCCACAGCCAUAGGCAUCUCAGCUAAGCUUCUCCCGCGGGGCCCUGAGGCCUCGGGAGCUGGACUGUACCCCUACCAUGCAGCAGUCCAGGAGCUGGGGCUGCUGGUUCUGGAGAGCUGUCCCCAGAAAAAGCUAGGGUGUAUAGUGAGAGCACUCCGAGUCCUCUGUGCCUGUGCUGAGGAAUAUUUCCGGGCCCAUGAGGCUGUCCCUGAGGCUGGACCCCAGCCCAGUGCUGCUGCCAUUGGUGCUGAUGAUCUGCUGCCCAUCCUGUCCUUCGUGGUGCUGAGAAGUGGCCUACCCCAACUUGUAUCGGAGUGUGCAGCCCUGGAGGAGUUCAUCCAUGAAGGGUACCUGAUUGGAGAGGAAGGCUAUUGUCUGACCUCACUGCAGAGUGCACUGAGCUACGUGGAGCUGCUGCCCCGCGGGGCCCUGGGCAAGUAGUGGACAAGAACAGGAACUCCCCCACCCCCAGGACUGAAAUUCAACCCAACACUCCCUCUUUCACAUCUGUUCCUGCAGAAGGGGCUGAACUGGAUCAGCUUCCAGGAAACAAACUUCUCUUUCUUGACUCAGGCUCUGUGACAGAUCCUAGGCAAGAAAGCCAGAACUACAGGCUCCUCCCAGUUGUGCAAGCAAACCACUGAGGGACAGCUCAGUCCAGCCUAGCAGGCCAACGGAGCUGUAAACCUAACUGGUUCUCAUCUUGCCCAUUCUCUGAUGGUAAACACUAGCCAGCUUCUUCUGGAUUCAAUGACAGUCUGCCUCUCCCCAGAGACUGGGGGCAGAUGGUUUAAGAUUGUGCUCGGACCAUUCUCCCCUAGAGGUCCAGGCAUCCCCAGGAAACCUCAUUGUUUGGGGUGGUGCCCACCACCCUUGUGUCCUUGGCAGUGGGCAUUAGACAUCCCAGGAUUCCUGACCAUGUCUCACCACACAUACCUUUCCAUUUGGUGUGAAGUUGAGGGUCAGUGCCUGUCAUGAUCCACUCCCAAUUCUGACAGGGAUAAAAAUAAAGAAAUGACAGUAUCUUUCUGCAA